AUGGAUCUUGCUGUCUUGCAGAGUGAGCUGAAGGCCGCCAAAGAGCGAUGGGAGGAUUUGAAACUUGGCAAGGCUAAGAAGGAGGUGGCGACGUUCCCGUUCCCAGUCUCGGCGCUCCUGGCAGCGCAGCAGCCGCCGACAGCAAAAGCUUUCGAUGUGUACGAGAUACCGGUGAAGCUCGUGAUCCACAGUUUGGAGCCCGAAGUGACGGUGGAGGUGCCCAGCGCGGAGCUGCCUGCGCAGCUGCAGUCGAAGAUCGCUGAUGCGGUUCUUGCGACGUGGAAGAAGCAUCUCAAGAAGAAAGCUGCGCCUUGGGGCAUCAUGCCAACCUUUGAAUGGGUAGAUGCCAACUUUGCGAAGCUUUUACAGCUGGAUCCAGAGUGCUUGCACCCUUAUGAAGGAUGCGACGAGAAUGACUGUACUGUCAAGAGGUACGCGAUUGGUCCUCCGGCAGCGCCGCCUGCUCCGGAAGAAGAAGAAGAAGAGAGCGAGGAGGAGAGCGAAGACGAGGAGGAUGAUGCAGAAGCAGAGGCCAUGAGGGAAAGGCUCGCAGCGCUGCUUGCCGAAGUGGAAAACUCUGCAGGCGACGGCCGCAAGAAGCUGUCGCCCGAGGAGAUCGAGCGAAAGAGGAAGGAAGCCGAAGAGCUAGGUGACAAGUGCAAGAUCAUGUCCAAGAAGGAGCGGAGCGAACAGAACAAAUCCAGAAAGGAGAAGGCUGGCCAGCGGCAAGCGAAGACGGGGUCCAAGAACCGAAAGUUCGAGGGCGAGGGCGCCACCUCCAAGGAGGAGAAGAAGAAGAAGAACACGGAGAAUGUCAAGAAACGUUUUGGGAUUGCCUAG